AUGUCUUCGCUUCGUUCGUCUGUUCGUAUGACUCGUGCUCUGCGUGCCACUGCGCCGCGUGCCUUUGUUGCUGCUCCACGCAUGGGUGUUCGCGCCUACAGCACGCCUGCCGAGCCCAAGUCGAGCAACACGCCGCUCCUUUUGGCUGCGCUUUUGGCCGGUGCGGGUGCCGCCUACUACAUGCGCGACGACCUGAAGAAUGUCCUGGGUGGUGCCUCAAACAAGGUGCCAUCCAAGGAGGACUAUGAGACUGUGUACAAGGCGAUUGCGGAGGCCCUGGAGAAGGACUCGUCCUACGAUGACGGCAGCUACGCCCCUGUGGUCCUCCGUCUUGCCUGGCACUCCUCUGGUACAUACGACAAAGAGACCAACUCGGGUGGCAGCAAUGGUGCCACUAUGCGUUUCCAGCUGGAGGCUACGCAUGACGGUAACGCCGGUCUGGAGGCCGCUCGUAACUUUAUGGAACCCAUCAAGGCCAAGUUCCCGUGGAUCUCGUACUCGGACCUGUGGACCCUUGGUGGUGUUGUAGCUAUCCAGGAGAUGGGUGGUCCAAAGAUCCCGUGGCGCCCGGGUCGUGUUGACAAGCCGGAAGAUCAGACGCCUCCGAACGGCCGUCUGCCGGACGGCGCUAAGGGCCAGGACCAUGUGCGCAAUGUGUUCCACCGUAUGGGCUUCAACGACCAGGAGACUGUGGCUCUCAUUGGUGCACAUGCUGUGGGUCGCUGCCACUCCAACCGGAGUGGCUUUGAUGGUCCGUGGACUUUCUCGCCGACCUCCUUCACGAACCAGUUCUACGUUCUUCUACUUGAGGAGGGCUGGGUCCCCAAGAAGUGGGAUGGUCCGUUCCAGUACGUCGACAAGAAUUCUGGCUCGCUCAUGAUGCUCCCGUCCGACUACAGCCUUAUUAAGGACUCGUCGUUCAAGAAGUACGUUCAGGAGUACGCCAAGGACGAGGACAAGUUCUUCAAGGACUUCAGCAAGGCCUUCUCUACGCUGCUGGAGUUGGGUGUGCCGGCGGAGAACUUUGCCAAAGGCGCGGAGGGUCUUGGCACUUCGACGCCUCUCAUCUUCAAGGCUACGUCGGAGUAA